CAGUGGCGGUGGCUGAGGUCAUCGUCUGUUUCUUUUAUUUAUUCUCUUAUCAAUCAAAAAUGAUUGAUUAAAGAUUGUUAGUCGUGGCAAAUCACAUCAAGUUGUCUGUACUUUAUUUCUGUGAAAGCUUGAAACGUUAUUUAUUUUGUUACUUCGACUGCCACUGGUGUUCGGUGAUUAUACUUCGCACGUAGUUAUUAACAAAAGUGUGCUAACCUAAGCGCAACGUGAAAACGUUCCAGUUGAAAGUUGACACGCCCUCUGAAGUGUUUCUUUGCGAUGGGUACUUACUGGAUACCUACUAACAUUGAUGAGCUCCUCGGUGGCAUCAAAGAGGCUUCAUUACUCCACUUUUUCCUCGAAGGGUUCCUUGUUGCUUCAUUGUUAUGGUUUAUUUUCCGGAAGAGUUACAAGAAACGUGAUGUUCACUCUAUGUCAAAGGAGGAAGAAGAUAGAUUAAUUGAGGAGUGGAAUCCAGAACCUUUAGUCAGUACUCCUCGACAAGAUCAUCCAGCUCUCAAACCUCACGUUGUAACUGGAAAGGCUGGUCAUUACUUGGACGUUGAUGGUCAUCACUGUUUGAAUCUAGCCACACACAACUAUUUGAGCUUUGCUGACAAACCAGAGGUUGAGGAACGGGCUAUUCAAAGCAUCCGAAAAUAUGGUGUUGGUUCAUGUGGGCCUCGAGGUUUCUACGGGACAGUAGAUGUGCACUUGGAAUUGGAAGAAAAAUUGGCUAAAUUUAUGGGCAUGGAAGAAGCUUGUGUUUAUGCCUACGGUUUCUCAACAAUUGCAAGUGCUAUUCCAGCUUAUGCAAAGCGUGGUGAUGUUAUCUUUGUGGAUGAAGCGGCAAACUUCGCGAUCCAAAAGGGCUUAGAUGCAUCUAGGAGUAGCAUUUACUAUUUCAAACAUAAUGAUGUGCAGGAUUUGGAGAGGUUGUUGCUUGAGCAUGAAGCCAAAAUGAAUCCGAGGAAAGCCAAAGUCACAAGAAAGUUCCUGGUAAUGGAGGGCAUAUACAUGAACACUGGAAAUAUCUGUCCUCUUCCUGCUCUGUUAAACUUGGCUCAUCGCUUCAAGUGCCGAACAAUUCUUGAUGAAAAUGUUUCAUUUGGAACCCUUGGAGAGACUGGCCGAGGAGUCACUGAACACUUCAAUGUCAAUCGUGAAGAUGUUGAUCUCAUUGUGGGCAGCAUGGAGUGGGCUCUUGGUUCCAUUGGAGGGUUCUGCGUUGGAUCCUCGUUUAUUGUGGAGCAUCAGCGUCUCUCUGGACUGGGGUACUGCUUUUCUGCUUCCCUCCCACCAUUGCUCACAGCUGCUGCUAUUGCAUCUCUGGAAGAAAUUGAACGCAACCCGACUUUGAUGUCUGUUCUUCAUGGAAAAUGCCAAGAUCUUCACAAUGCUCUGUCCAACCUGGGAGAAGCUGGAUUCAGAGUAUCUGGCUUCAGUGAAGGACCAGUGAAACAUCUGUUUCUUUUGAACCCACCCGAAGAUUUAGGGAAGCAUCAAGCUCUUCUACAUGAUAUAUCUCAAUAUUGCAUCAGCAAUGGGGUUGCAAUCAUACCAGCCUCAUACUUGGACCAAAUAGAAGCUCAACCUCGAACACCUUCCCUUCGUAUUACUGCAAAUGUAGACCUCACCAAAGCUGAGAUGGAGACUGUCAUCAAAGUUCUAAAACAAGCUGCAUCAAAAUUUUUGUCAUAAAAUUAGAGUAAAUUUGAUCCAAAUGUAAACAGCUCAUUUGUUAAUCAUUCUGGUGUCACAAUUUUCUUUACUAAUAUUUUAUGUCUUGGUGUUACAUGUUACCUAUUUCAUGAGACAUUUCUGAUGAUGGCUCCUUCCACCUGAAAUUGCUUGUCAGUUUGUUCACAUGUGAUUUUUAUAAUAUAAUUUACUUACAUUUGAGUGAUUUUUAAAAAAAUGGGCUUAGGUUGCUUUUCUAAUGUACUAUUUCUGAUAUUGUAGAUAUAUCAGUUCAUUUUUAAGCUGACUUUUAAAGGGAAGUUUCCCUUUUGCCACAUAACGCACUGUCUAGUAUUCAUAAUUGACUUUUUCUUUGCAAAUGAACAAGCUUUAGGCUAUUGAAUUUUCUUCAGUUUGUAGUGCACGUGACACUAGUUUUUUUUUCUACACAACUGCGUGUCGCUAAUGUGUGUCACUUCAUUUUAAAUCAGUUUCAAUUUGACAUUACUUGAUUUAUAUGUAUUUCAAUGAAUGUUUACAGAGUUUGCUUAAUGGGUCCAAUCAUUCCCAAAGAUUUUUCCUAUAGUCAUUAGAAACCAGCUUCCUGUACUCCUGUGAUUUAGUUAGUGUAAAAUCUAGCUAACGUUUAAGAUUUUUGCCGAAUGUUUGUUUUCCAUGGCAUUCAUGAGGACUCAAAUAAAGUAGGAUUUGUUUUUAACUUCCUUUUUAUAUGAACACAUUUGUUAUCAGUAUUAAAAUUGUCUACUGUCUGCCAGCUUUUGUAAAUUUUUACCAUAUGUAGAAAUUUAUUUUAUGAAAUACUUGUAUGUAUAGUUAACAGAGUUGUCAGAAAAGUAGCCCAAAGACCAUUUUGCCUAGUUUUCUGUCAUCCCUGGUGGUUAAAUAAAAACAAUGUCCAGAGGCACACUGCAAGUUUGUUGACACUUGUUAUAUUUCUGUUUAAAUCACGCGAUGCCUUUGUGUCUGAGGAAUGAAGUUUAAGCAAAUAAAGUAAUUUCUUGACAGCACUGUUAAAAA